AUGGAACAUCAAACAGACUUCUCAUACAUAAAACCUCUUUACCUAUUUUGCAACGUUUUUGGGCUUCUUCCGCCACACUCGUUCGGAACGCAACCCACCUCGGUCUCGCUUAAUUUCAAACUAUAUACACUUUUGCACAUGGUCACUGUUUUCGCCGUGUAUGUGUAUUCAUCUACAGGCAGAGCAAAAUACUUGUACGACAAUCUGGACGUCACGGUGGCACUAACCGAUAAACUGGCACAUCUAGUACUCAUGAUUUUGAACCUGUUGGUACGAAUUACGUUCGUGUUUUGCAAAGGUACAACGACUAAGGUGUUCAUCAAUAAAGCGUACCACCUAUCCAGAAAGAACCAGUUCCGCUGCUUCACGAGGAGGAGUUUUUGGGUUCAAUUUGCGAUUUUUAAUGUCUAUAUGUUGGCGAUUAUAGCGUAUGAUGCUUAUGUGUGGACUUCCACAGUGGGGUUGAGUAUUUUCAGGUUCUAUAUUGGAAGGAGUUUUUUCUAUUAUGUGUGUAACGUCGUUGUAUUUGUGAUUUUUGAAUCCGCCUUUUUAAUCAGGGAUUUGUACAAGUCAUUAAACGAGGUUUUAGAGGUUGGUGUUAAGGGUUUAGUGGUCACGAAUGGUUACGUUUUAACUGAGUUUAAUAUCAAGGCUAUAACUACUGUAGUUUAUCCAGAGUGUGAUUUAAGAAGAGUGCGAAAGUACUACAAUGCGAUUUGUGACCUUGUGGACAAUUUUAACACCAUAUACGGUUUCACUAUACUGUUAGUGAUUAUUUUUAUAAUUUCUUACACCCUUAAUUUGACGAAUUUACUGACAGUUUAUGCUAUGGACUCCUCAAAGAAUAUUAAUGGCUCUAAAUAUGGUAACAAUUUAAUAGUGUUGAAUUUUUUGUGGAUAGUAACUAUGUUGAUUUUCGCCUCUCUUUUGGCACAUUCAUGUGCCAAUUCUAUCUGUCAGUCUGAAAAUUUGGCAGCUGUUUGUUUCACCUGUUUGAACGAAAUUCCCACAAUCCCAAAAACACCCAAAGAACAGAUUUUAAAAGAAGACGUUUUGUUGUUGGUUCAACAAUUAAUGGCACGGAAACCGAAAUUUUCGGCUGGGGGAUUUUUCGCCGUCGAUUUUACGUUGCUGGGGUUUAUUUUAGGAAGUGUUACCUCCUACGUGAUUGUGUCUAUACAAUUUAUACAAAAAUGA